AUGAUAUUUAGUGAGCAACGAUGUCUACUGCAAGGAGCAAGCAAUAACUUAGUAAAAGAGAUGCAGCAAAAUGAUGAAGGAAAAUUUAGGAACUAUUUUCGGAUGGAUUCUGUUGUUUUGAAGAAACUAUUUGAUCUUGUAGGGCCAUUGAUAACAAAGAACAGUAAUGUCAGAAAGGCGAUCUCAGCUGAAACACGUUUAUACAUAACUGUGCGGUACCUUGCUUCCGGAGAUAGCAUGGUAUCCAUCUCGUAUGUUUUUCGCGUUGCUCACAAUACUGUGUCAAAAAUAAUUCAAGAAACGUUUGAUGCAAUUUGGUCAGUUUUAAAGGAAAAAGUAUUUAUGAAGGAUAUUCUGAAGAGUUGGCAAAAUGUUGCCCAAGAUUUUGAUGAUAUGUGGAAUUUCCCAAACUGCAUUGGCUGUAUCGACGGCAAGCAUGUAGAAAUACAGGCUCCACCAAACAGUGGGUCACUUUAUUAUAAUUAUAAAGGGCGUCAUAGUAUUAACCUUAUGGCUAUCAGUGAUGCGAAGUAUAGGUUUACUAUGGUCGAUAUCGGAGCAUAAGGCAGAAACAGUGACGGAGGAGUUUUCCGAAAUAGUAUAAUGGGCAAAUAUUUUGACGAACAACAAUUCCAGAUCCCAAAUGGUGAACGAUUGGAAAGCAAUGGGCCUGUACUGCCAUACGUGCUUUUAGGUGACGAAGCAUUUCCUCUAUCACGAUACAUGAUGCGACCGUUUCCCCGGAGUAGCAAUUUAGAUUUAAGAAAAAAAGUAUUCAAUUAUAGACUAAGUCGAGCACGACGCGUAGUAGAGAGUGCAUUUGGAAUUCUUGUUACAAGAUGGAGAAUAUACAGAAAAUCGAUUAUUGCAAGUGUAAAAAACGCACGAAGAAUGAUCAAGGCUACAAUAGUUUUACAUAAUUUUAUAAUAGAUUCAGAGGAAGAAUUGUAUUCGAGGAUUUAUUAUACACGCGUCAGUGUUGAAACUCAAAAUAUGAAUUAUGAACUGUCCUCACUGGAAGAAGAAGAGGCUGAAGAAGAAAAUAACAGUGGCAUAGAAGUUCGCAAUGCAUUCGCAGACUUUUUUAUAGGUGUUGGUCAAAUAGAAUUUCAGUGGAGAAAGGCUAUAUGA